AUGAGAAGAAGACCCAUAUCAUUGCACAGCAAGCGAAUGCUUCAAACGCUCUUCAGCUCCCAGCUAAACAAACCUCCCGCCAAGCAGGUCCGACUUCAAUCUCUCUCCCAGGUCUCUGUCUUUUGCUACUUUACAACUUGCGUUGAGUCCCCAGAACUAUCUUUAUCACCUUCUUUGAUUCAAACAAACGAAUCCAAUGAAGGGUUGCCCUCAAUUAACUUCCGUAGCAUUGCAAGAUCAGUCAUAUCAAAGUCUACAAAUAUUUGGGAUAGCAAUAAGAAUAAAGGUGAGCCUUCAGUCAAUCUUUCUUUAAAAGAUUACUUUUUGAGACUGUCUAAUAUAUCUCCUGAAAGUAUUCGGAGGUUUUGGAGGGUUUCUGCUUUGAGACCUCAAGAUGUUCUUGACAUAUUACUGGGUUUUGAAUCUGAUAGUGGGAUAUUUGACAUUGAGCAUAAAAAGAUUGAAUCUUUAUGGGGAGUUUAUAAGUGGGCUGGUGAACAGACCUCGGACUUUCAGCAUCUUCCUCAGUCCUGCAAGAUUAUGGCCAAAAUGCUUGUGCGGGUGGGGUUGUUUAGUGAAGCUGAGUGCUUGCUUUCCAGGUUGGAUAGUGAAGCAAUUUUCUUGGGCUAUCAUGAAAUCUUCAGUCACUUGAUUGAAGGGUAUUUAGCGGAUUGUGACUUGGAGAGGGCUUUGUUGAAUUAUGAUCGAAUGAGAAGGCUAGGUUUAUCCCCAUCCUUUUCAUGUUACCGAUCACUUCUUGACUCUUUGGUUCAAAUCAAUGAAACCCACUUGGCGUAUGAAGCUUAUGUGGAUAUGAUCAAGGUGUGGAUGGAAAGAAGCGCAGGAGAAAAGCGCAUUUGUGAGAAUGUUGCACGUCUUCUGUGCAUAGAAGGAAGGGUUCAAGAAGCCAGGAAUCUUGUCAAGAGCAUUUUAGCUUUUGGAAUCGAACCUACUAAUGCUGUUCUUGAUGCUAUUGUUAAUGGAUAUUGCGAGAAAAAGGACUAUGAGGACAUACUGAGUUUUCUUAUUGAAACUAGGGGAGUGCCUGAUGUUGCAGUAGGCAACAAGGUCAUAUGUUCUUUGAGUAGAAGCUUUGGUGCCGAGAGAGCAAAUGAAUUCAUGCAAGAAUUGGAGCAGUUAGGAUUUUCUCCAAAUGAAAUAACCUUUGGAAUUCUGAUUGGUCAGACUUCUUUUGAAGGGAGUGUGAAGAAUGCCUUCAUUUUUCUCUCAGAGAUGCUGUCCAGAAACCUCAAGCCUGACGUAAAUACCUGCAAUGCUCUUAUGAGUGCCCUCUUCAUGGAGGGCCUGUGGAAGCAAUCACUGGAUGUUCUUGUAGAGAUGAAUGAUUGGGGAGUGAUGCCCAAGUUAUCAACAUUCAGGGUUCUGUUGUCAGGAUUGUUAAAAGCGAGACAAUUUGGUCAAGUGAAGGCCAUAGUUGGUGAGAUGGCAGGUCGUGGCUUGAUUCGACUCUCAUUGCCCGAAGAUCACCUGUCUAUGGCAUUAACCUCGCUGGGGAUUAAUUCACUGGCCAUAAAGGUUAGAAGGGACAAUGAUAUGCAGUUUUCAACGACUGAGUUUUUUGAUGAUCUUGGGAAUGGACUUUAUUUGGAGACGGAUCUUCAUGAGUUUGACAAAAUAAUGGUUAAUGUUCUUCAUGAUGCCAUGAUUCCAGAUUUCAAUUCCCUUGUGUUGAAGAAUUGUAUGGAUGGUGAUAUUAAAGUUGCGGUGAAGAUGGUGGAUGAAAUGUCUCAAUGGGGCCAAGUAUUAUCUACCUCUUCUGCAUCAAUAUUAAUCAAGAGGCUUUCUGGAUCCCAUAUAAAUAUUAAGAUGAUUAACAGUGUCCUGGAGAAACUGCCUUACUUGAUUUAUCAACUUGAUCAGGGAGCAUUAAACAAGCUUGUUCAGAAGUAUAGCAGAAGGGGAUGUACAUGCUGGGCAAAAUUGAUAUUUGAUAACAUGAUACGAAUGAAGUUAGAAAUUGAGAAUGAAACAUAUAGUGCUCUUCUGAUAAGCCUGUGCAAAAGAGCAAAUUUGAGAAGCUUCCAACUCUGCUGGGAGGUUGCACAUAACAGCAUCUGGCUUCCUGCCUUGAAGGACGGUAAGGACCUUCUAAAUUGCUUAUGCCAACCAAAACUACUGAAAGAGGCUGUGGAACUGCUUGAAGCCAUCCUAAUGGGAUUCCGUUGCAAACCAUUGGAUGCUUGUAACGCGCUCAUUGAAAAGCUGUGCUGUAGAGGUUUCACCAAUAUUGCUGAUGUAUUGGCAAAGGAACUCUUGGAGCGGGGCCUUGUCUUGGAUGAUGUGGUUUACAACCAUCUCCUUAGCGGAUUUUGUAGAGAGAAAAGGCUUGCUGAAGCUUCUCUGCUAGUGGAUGCCAUGGUUGCCAAGAAGUUUGAUCCUUGCUUGGACGUAUCCCUUCAGUUAAUUCCUCAGCUCUGUAAGGCUGGUAACUUGGAGAAAGCUGUUUUGCUGAAAGAUAUAUGCAUCAAAAAACAAUCUUCUGCUCAGCUUUCUGUCUACCAUGCUUUGAUCAAUGGACUUUGCAAGGUGGGGAGGUUGGUAGAAGCUUUCCAUUUACUUGAGGAGAUGUCACUGAAGAGGCAACUUCUGGACAAGGAAGUUUAUAAUAUGCUUCUUCAGGGGUAUUAUCAAGUUAAUGACUUGAAGAAAGUGGGAGAGCUUCUUGGUGUCAUGAUAAGAAAGAAAGUAGGCAUGUCAACAUCUACUUAUUGCAAUUUGGUGCAACUGGCUUGUGCAGCAGGCAAGUUUUCUUCUGCAUUGAGCUUAAAAGAGCUUAUGCUUAAAGAAAACAGCCUUUCCCAGAUUGCUACAUAUAAUAUUUUGCUAUUUCACUUAUCAUUAGUGCAAAACACUACUAGAGUUGUGGACACAAUAGUUGAUGGGAUUCAGAGUAAAGGAUUGCAAUUUGAUGCGGUAACUUACAAUUCCAUUGUUAAAGGCGCAUCUUAUGAUGUGCCUCGUUCUUUGAGGUAUCUUGAAACUAUGAUUACACAAGGUUUUAGACCAAGUAAUCGUGCUCUGAGAAACGUGACGUGCAUCCUUUGUUGCCUUGGAGAGCUGGGAAAAGCCUUGCAACUUAGUCAAGAAAUGGAAUUGAGAGGUUGGAUUCAUGGUUCAGUUAUUCAACUUAAUAUAGUCGAGGCCUUCCUUAGAACCGGUAACCUUCGAGGAGCAGUGAAGUUUUUGGACAGGAUGGCAUUAAAAGGUCUCAUCCCCAAAAGUAUCAACUAUGAUUAUAUAAUAAAGCGGCUCUGUCAGCAUGGAGAACUGGAAAAGGCUAGUGAUCUUCUGAAUAUAAUGAUAAAGAAUGGAAGUAUUCUUGAUUCUACCAGUUUUGACUAUCUCGUCCUCAGUUGCUGCGUAAAUCACAAGUUGGAUACAGCUCUGGAUUACCACAGUGAGAUGUUGUGCAGAAACCUAAUUCCAAGCAGCAAGACUUGGAAUGCUCUUGUCAGCAGCUUCAGUGAAGCCGGACGAGUUGUCGAAGCAGAAAGGCUACUUCAUGUCAUGGUUCAGAGAGGUGAAACUCCAAGCAGGGAGAUGUAUUCUGCUGUGAUCAAUAAGUAUCGAUCUGAAAAUAACCUUGGGAAAGCAUCACAACUCUUAAAAGCAAUGCAACAGUGUGGCCAGGAGCCUGAUUUCGAGACUCAUUGGUCAUUAAUAAGCAAUUUCAGCAGUUCCGUCAACAAAGAUGAUAGCACUAAAAGUGGCGGCUUCCUCUCAAAGCUUCUUUCUGGAAUUGGAUUUCCUAGGAAGGAUUGA